AUGGCCCCAGGGCUCAGGGCUUCUCCUCCAGUUGUGCUUCUGCUCCUGUCCCUGCUGGGUCUGGCUGCUGCUGGGAAGCUCCUGGUGGUGCCAGUGGAUGGGAGCCACUGGCUCAGCAUGCGGGAGGUGCUGGACAUCCUGAGGCAGAGGGGACACGAGGUGGUCGUGGUGGCACCCGAGGUGACUUUGCACAUCAAGCCAUCCAAGAACUUUGUGAUGAAAAUGUACUCAGUCCCCUACACAAAGGAAGCUUUGAAGAAACAAUUCCAGGCAUUUUUUCAUUUUUCAUUUGAACAAGGAUCUUUUCUGGAAAGAUUUGUUAAAGCGUACCAAGGUAUCAAAAGAAUCACUUACUUUGGGGUCACCAGCUGUGGACAUCUCCUGCAAAACAAAGAGCUCAUCAGGUACCUUGAGGAGAGCAAGUUUGAUGCUGUCCUUACAGACCCUGUCCUACUAUGUGGAGCAAUCCUGGCGAAGCACCUUUCCCUGCCUUCUGUCUAUUUCUUACGAGGAAUCCCGUGUGGCUUAGAUUUUGCUGCUACUCAGUGUCCCAAGCCUCCUUCCUAUGUCCCCAGGGGAUUUACACAAUUUACAGACCACAUGACCUUUCUCCAGCGAGUGAAGAAUCUACUUCAUGACAUCCCAGAUAUUUUUCUCUGUGAUUUUGCCUUUGAACCCUACUCAAAACUGGCUUCAGAGUUCCUGCAGCAAGACGUGACUGUGCUGGAUCUCUUACGCCAGGCUUCAGUUUGGCUCAUGAGGUCAGAUUUUGUUUUAGAGUAUCCAAGGCCUUUGAUGCCUAACAUCAUACCAAUUGGAGGAGUAAACUGUGCUCACAAGGAGCUGCCUCAGGUGGGUCACACUGUUUUAAUUCAUGCCAUGAUUGGUUUCUGUGUUUAG